AUGACAUGCAAUCCCAAAAUAGUGACUGAUGGGCAUGAAAUUACUGUACACAUAAAGACCAUAGAUCUGAAACGAAGGAAGCAGAUCACUGCCAAUGGAUGGCAAACGGAGAAUAGAGAGGGCACGAAAGAGGGGGAUGGUGACCAAGGCGCAGCAUGGCGGAGGAUCGCUGAGUAG